AUGCUUUUUUUCACAGCAGUUCUGUGCAUAAUCUUUUCACUAUCUUAUGGAUGUGGACCAUUUAAUGCAGACAGAGAUACUGUUAAUGUUAAAUCAAGAAACGGGAUUAAUAUAAUUCCAGUAGCUACAGAAUCAACGGUUACUGAAGCAAUAGCAAUAGCUACAGAAAAAGCAAUUAAUACGAUACAGUCGAUAAGAGCUACGGAAGCAACUACAGAAACAACAACCACAGAAGCAACAACCCCAGAAGCAACAACCCCAGAAGCAACAACCACAGAAGCAACAACCACAGAAGCAACAACCACAGAAGCAACAACCACUGAAGCAACAACCACUGAAGCAACAACCACUGAAGCAACAACCACAGAAGCAACAACCACUGAAGCAACAACCACUGAAGCAACAACCACAGAAGCAACAACCACAGAAGCAACAAUCGCAGAAACAAAUAUUCACACAGAAGUGCCAGAAGAAAUAGUAGUAGUAGAAGAAACAACUAUGACACAUGCAGUAGAAAAUUUAAAUGAAUCUGCAGAGACAGAUGAAUCUGAUGAGACAGGUGAAUAUCCUCAGACAGAUGAAUCUGAUGGGUCAGCUGAAGAGGAAGAAUCAAUAGCCUCAUUUGAUGAAGAAAAAGAAAAAAUCUUAAAAGUUUUAUCAAGACCAGUCGUAUCUAGACAGCCGAAAACACCUCAAGAGGCCACAGAAAACUUAAAAAAUGCCUUCCAAGAAGCGCUGGAAUUAGUUGUGAAACCAAUGGGUUUGAAUCCAACGAUGAAUUAUAUCAUUAGUGAUUACGUGCCGGAUGACGUGACUAUAGCGCAGGAUUUAUCUGAUAAUCAAGACGUAUUAAGCGAAUAUGGAACUCACUUAUCGAAAAACAAUGUUGUUACAGCAUAUCGAAAUGGUACUCAGUAUUCUAAGGUUUGA